AUGGGUUGUUGCUGCUCUUCUGAUCCCCCAGUUGUUCAAGCGGAUCAAAAAGCAGAAGCUGAAUAUCCAGACCCAGUUAUUCCUGUUGCAGCGGCACAUAAUAAAUCAAUUUUCGACUCACCUUUCCAGAAAAAGACAGAAUCUGAACAAUCACUAUUAGAUCAACCUCAGAAACCUAAAUAUCCUAUCAACGAUGAUGACGAUGAUUCAUCUUCUUCAGUUGAUCAAGAAAUGAUAAAGCAAUUGUUAAACGAAGUCGAAGUUUCCGAUGAUGAUAAAUAA